GGCAGCAAAAGGCCAAUGUCAUCAGUCAGAGGCAACCGAGUGCAGAGCUGGACACAAAGAGUCAGGGGCAGUCAGAGGAAUAGAGUUUCUGAUGCUAAAGUGAAUAAUCAGUCAGAAACUACUAAAUGUGCAAUGGAGAGUGGUGACGGGAACACCGGUAUCCAAACCAAUGGGUUGGACUUUCAUAGGCAGACGGUGUCCACCACAAGUGCAAUCACUAAUGCACAUGCACAAGCCCUCCUCCAACAGUUGACCCUGACCCCAGCGCAGCAACAGCUGUUGAUCCAGCAGGCCCAAGCUCAGCUCCUGGCUGCUGCUGUGCAGCAUUCAGCCAGCCAGCAGAACAGCACCACUGGGGCCAACAUCUCAGCCUCUGCAGCCACACCAAUUACCCAGUUGCCCCUGUCACAGCCCAUCCAGAUCGCCCCUUCUCUACAACAGCAGAAUCUAAGUCUGCCCCAGUUUGUUCUGGUUCAGCCUGGCCACCCUAUUGCCACACCACUGCAGCCCGCUCAGUUCAUCAUUUCACAGACAUCGCAGGCCCAACAGGGCAUAUUGCAAGCCCAGAGUCUUCUAACUCAACUACCUCAAAGCCAAGCUAACCUCCUGCCGACUCAACCAAGCAUCACCCUUGCAACUCAGCCUGCAACUCCAACCCGCACAACAGCAACCACACCUAUUCAGUCCCUGCCCCACAGUCAGACACCACCCAAACGGUUGGAUACUCCCACACUGGAGGAGCCUAGUGAUCUUGAGGAGCUGGAGCAGUUUGCCAAGACUUUCAAACAGAGACGUAUCAAACUGGGCUUCACGCAGGGGGAUGUUGGCCUGGCCAUGGGGAAGCUGUAUGGAAACGAUUUUAGCCAAACUACUAUUUCUCGCUUUGAGGCCUUGAAUCUGAGCUUUAAGAACAUGUGCAAACUCAAGCCAUUACUGGAGAAGUGGCUCAAUGAUGCAGAGAACCUGACAUCUGACCAGUCCCUGUCAAGCCCCAGUGCCCUGGGUUCCCAGGGCAUGGGCAUAGAGGGAAUCAACCGCAGACGGAAGAAAAGAACCAGUAUCGAGACCAACAUCCGAGUGGCCUUAGAAAAGAGCUUUCUGGAGCAGAACCAAAAACCUACCUCUGAAGAGAUCACCAUGAUCGCUGACCAGCUCAACAUGGAGAAGGAGGUGAUUCGGGUCUGGUUCUGCAAUCGCCGACAGAAAGAGAAGAGGAUUAAUCCUCCCAGUAGUGGGAACAGUGGAGGAGGCAACACCCCUAUCAAAACUAUCUUUACCCCCAGCAGCCCUUUGGUGGCUAGCACAGCAAGCCUUGAUAGCAGUCCAACUAUUACCACACCCACCACUCUGACUGUAAACCCAGUGAUGCCUCUCACCAACACCAGCAUCCCCAGUCUGUCUUUCACAGGCACAACAGUUGGAGCCACAAACACUGCAUCAGUCAUCUCAACGGCCCCUAUGGUUACCACAGCAACCAGCUCUCCAUCUUUAAGCGCGUCCCAGACGACUAAUCAGGCUACAGCCACAGAGAGCAAAGCUGGCACGCAGGCGCAAACCAUUGUCACCCAGGCUCCUUCAUCCUUUGCUACCACUUUAGGGACGGGUCAGGUGAUGGUGGCAGCUCCGGGGCUGUCUGCCGCACUGCAGGGGGCCGCCCAGUUACCCACCAGCGCCAGUUUUGCAGCUAUGGCUGCUGCUGCGGGACUCAACCCGGGACUGAUGGCGUCUUCGCAGUUCACCCCGGGGAGUGCCCUCCUCAGUCUUACUCCUGGUGGCCUGGGCAGUGCGCUGAGCCCUGCUCUCAUGAGCAACAGUACUCUGGCUACCAUUCAAGCACUGGCAUCGAGCGGCACAAUCCCCAUCACCUCUCUGGAUGGUGGUAACCUGCUGUUCGCCAACACAUCUGCUGGUAGCACACCCAACCUGGUGACCACGCCGCUCUUUCUGAACCCCCAGAACCUGUCGCUGCUCACCAGCAACCCCGUUAGCCUGGUGUCGGCCGGUGCGGGAGGUCUUCAGGUCACUGCCGAUGGUCACCAUCAAGCCACCACGGCUGCUGUGCCUGUGCAAGCCUCGACCAUUACCACUGCUCCCAAGGCUCAGUGAAGCCAGUCAGGCUGCAUCUCGAAUUAAUGCCCACUUUCUUACUUCAAGCACUACUCCUAUCACACCAUGUAGGGAUAAGGGUGGUAUUCUGAUAUAUAUAUACAUAUAUAUAUAUAUAUUGUAUCUACCAUUAAUUAAUCCUUUUUGCUGCCACCAAAAA